AUGAACAAGAAAAAUAAUAUUAUCUUUAUAUCGAAUUAUAGGAUGCAUCCCAGAUAUUAUUCUCACGUAACUAAGGGCUUUACUACUACAGAUAUGUCAACAUUAGAAAUAUAUAUUAAAAAAGAGAAAACAAAUAUAUUAUAUUUUCUUAUAAAGUUUUUUAUAUUUACCAUUUCAAUUUGGAUAUUACAAUGUUCUAAUACUUUGGAUUCUUAUAGAUCUUGGAAUUACAAAAAUGACUUAAAAAACAUACUAGAUUUAGGACCUAAAAGAUCAUUAGCAGAAAGCAAUGAUACAAUAGAACAAACAAAAAGUAAGUUAAGAUUAUGGGAGCAGCAAGAUAUGAUGGAAGCAUAUUUAGAAUCAAAGAAUGAACAAAAUGAGAUAAAGCAAAAUAUGGAUGUAGAACAAGGAAAUGAAAUGGUCACAAAAGAGAGAAAUAAUGAAGUAAAAUGUAAUAAGAAAAUUUUAAGCAAAUGCAAAAGUAAUCUAAAACUGAUUUUCUCAUCCUUUGCAUUUUUCUCAUCCCUUUUUAUUUUUAUAUUAUUUAUUGUAAAUUAUUUCACUUUUAUAACCUUCCCAAGAUAUAUUUUUUUAUUACUUCCUUUAUCCCUUGUAAUAAAUUCAAUCAUUUUAACACAUGAGAGAGUCGAAAUAAAAUAUAAGAAUAAAUUUUAA